AUGGAGGCUGGAGAUUCGGCAUCCUGGCAGAAGCUUGACCCGGCCAAGCUUCGUCGUGAAGCUGAAGCCAAAGAGGCCAAGCUGAAGCGACAGCAAGAGCAGCGACUUGCGCGAGCCGAAGCCCGAAAAGAGAAACGUCAUGCCAAGUCCGAGGCCAAGCAAGCACGAAAGGCGAAUGUUGGCCGUGCCGCGAAAUGGAACACCGAACGCAAGGCAGCCGACAAGCUGAAGAAGUUGGCUAACCGCGCGCACAAGCAAGAGAAGCGACGCAGGCGUAUGCGCCUACGUGCCCAGAAGUUAGAAGCGCAAGCGAUUAAGCUGAUGGCCGAGGCCCAGAAAGCUAAGGCCCAUGCUGAUCUCUUAGACGCACAAAAAGAGAAGGAGGAAGCUGAGAAGAACAAGUUGCCGAAUGAGAUCAAGAAGAUGGCAGCCGAUCCUGAGAACGACGACUUCAUUCCUCUCGACAACGAACCCGCUGCCGAAGCUGCGACAUCGGAGUCUUCGAGUGACGAAAGCACUGCGCCUCCCAAGAAGGAAUCCAAGGAGUCUAAGAAGGAGAAGAAGCACAAGAGUAAAGAAGAGAAGAAAGCCGAGAAACGCAAACGCAAGUCUGAGGAUGACGCUUCGCAUGAGACCACCAACGGCACAACCAAUGACGACGAUGCUGAUGACGUGGAAGUACCUAAGCAGGAAAAGAAAAAGAAGAAGAGAAAGCUAGAACAGACUGCUGAGGAAGCUGGCUCUCAAGACGAGGCGGCCCAGGUCGAGGCGCCCAAGGAGAAGAAGGAAAAGAAGAAGAAGCGAAAGGAGAAGCACCAUGCCGAGGAGUACGUGUCCUCUACCGCAGCCGAAGGAGGGUCGAAUACUAACGGCGGUGAGCAGUGGAACGCCCAAGCCUUAGAGGGCGACGACAAGAGGAAGGCAAAAUUUCUUAAACUUCUCGGGGCCAAGCCUAAUGGCAGUAAUACAACAGACGGCCAGAGUAACUCUGCUACAUCGAAGGCUUACAUCAAUCAAGUGCAGCACGAUUUAGAACGUCAGUUCGACGCCGGGAUGAGAAUGAAGCACGAUGGUCAGGGGCAGAAAAGGGGCCUAGGAGCAUGA